CCGUUAUUGCUUAUCUUGACUCUAUUAUGAUCAAUCACUGAUAAAAUUUACUUUUCGUCCACCUUGUAUCAAGUUUUUCUUCGAUAUCUGAAAUACAAUAUUUUACUGAUGACGUCAUACAAAAAGAUACUUUAUCAAACCUUCCCUACGUCUCAAAUGAGAUGCAGUUUGGCUCAGGUUUGGCUCUUGAGUAAUUCUCGUUGAUUUUGUGUGAAAAAUGUGUGGAGAGGGUUGGUGAAGGUUGAUGGUUGAAUAUUUCGUUUAUUUAACAUGACGGGACUGUGCACUUUUGAUGUUAAUGUGCUGCUGGAUUUUCAUCGCGCCUGAUUUGAAGGAAAGGAUUGUGACCUCGAACAGUGCUACCGAUGGCGUCGUCGCCACCUCCAUCGUCCGGGGGAACCGGGACGGACCCGGCCUCAUGCGCGGUGAGCCGGAGUCGGUCCUUCUGUACAGCAGCGGCGCCCGGCCGACGCGUCGUAUCCGCCACCCUGAGCAGCGACGGUAGCUUCGAGUCGGACGUCAGCCGGUACUCGUGGCAGUGCUCGGACGUUCUCGGCCAGUCCGUCCGCUCCCCGCGCGAGUCUCGCCGCUGGAUCGGUCUGCCCGGCGACUGCAGGGUGCCCAAACAGCCCAGCUACCGCCGAGCGCUGGCCAUGACCGACGCACUCAUGACGGGUGUUCGGGAGGCCAUUGAGCUGGAACGUCACGAGGUCCAGCUGCUGAGGGACAGCCUGGACUCUGUCUCGCUGCACUCUGCCCAGUCGCAGGGCCGGCUGUACGAGACGGAGCGCCGGCUGCGCUUCACCGAGCGAUACGUGAAGCGACUCGAGUGUCACCUGGUGGAGAUCGAGCAGCUGGCUGAGCAGUACGGCAAACAGCAGCGGCUCAGGGAGGCCACCGAGAGACUGGCGGCGGCCUACAGCAGCAGCAGUGGCACUCAGAGCCAGCGGGGCCUCUCGCAGGCUCGCUCGGGCUUCAAGGAGUGUACCGACGAAAUGUGUCUGAUGGAGGCGCAGCUGGAGAGCAAGAUGGGCACGCUGCUCUUCGAACUCAAAGGUAUCCAGGGUUUCGCGCGCCUGUGCGCGGGUGACGUGUACGAGAUCUGCGUCCGGCUGGGCAGUCAGGAGUGGCGCUGUCGGGGCACCAUCGGCAAGGACCAGCAGCAGCGCUGGAACCGGCCGAGGCGUAUCCUGCGGCCCACACUAGCCGACCAGCUGGUUAUCAAGGCGUCGGAGGUGAAGACGCUUGGUAAGCACGUGCUGGGUACCAAGGUGUGUGAGAUCGGCGAACUACUGAGCGCGCACACCCAGCAGAUGGUCAUCUACCUCAACACCACCGGCUCCCUCAAACUGACACUGAUCGUCACGUGGAGCGCGAUCGAGACGUUCCCGGAGGACACUCUGAGUCGCCAAGUGUCGGCCUCCAGUCCCGGUCUACGCCGCAGGACCACCAUCAACUCACCGCGGCUGGGGCUAGAGGCGAGAGCCGCCAACAUGAAGCUCUCUAGCGGCGGCAGCAGCGACUCGGCGCUGGUCUCGGGCGGCAGCGGCAGCGGUCUGGGCAGUCCAGACUCCGUGUCCGUCACAUCGUCCGACUCGCAGGUCAACCUGGCCGACUCCACGCCGGACAUCCUACGACGCACGCCAGGACAGACGUCGUCCCAGCAGUGGCAGCGAGACAGCUGCAGCAGCGCCGGCAGCGCGGACGGCUCCGCGGAACCCGACGACGACUCCGGCACCGCGUACACGCUGGAGAAGCGGCCAGAGAUGAAACGCGACUGGUACGCGACUGCUGAGCGCAAGAACCGAGCGAGGAAACAGCAGCAGCAGCAGCAGCAAGCGGCGACCGAACAGCCGUCCGACCCGGCCCCGCUCCCGGUGGGCUCCGCUCAGCUGUGGCGCGGCUCUGGCCGGCUGCGGGCCGUCUGUGCCGCCGUGGCCGCCCGCCUCUCGGCCUCUGACCGCUCGCCGGCCGAGGCGCGUCUGGGCGCGGUGGCCGCGCGGCUGGCGGCCCGUCCGAGCGGCCUCGGUCGCCGCUGGUCGCACGACUCGGACGUCAGCGUGGAAUCGGCGCUGGACAAGUUCAGCUUCCUGCAGGGGGAGCAGGAGGAGGGCGAGUGCAAGCCGGACCUGUUGGAGCCCGGUAUGACGGCCCGCACCUCGGACUCGGGGAUCAGCUCGAUCGUCCACCAGUUGAGUGAGGAGCCCGAACGGGAGGCGGCCUCUGGGGACGGCACGGCCGACUCCAGUCUGGGUCUGAGCGAGACGGGCAGCCUGACCGACCUGGCGCGGUCGGCGCUGGACCUGUGCACCGAGCUGCACCUCACCUACUGCCUCCGGCUGCUGGAGGGUGUGUCGUCGUGUGGUCCGCUGCGUCUCCGCUCUGCCAGCUCUCUGCGCCGUCUGGAGCGUCAGGUGAACCUGCUGGAGCUGAUGAUGACCGGCCCGCCGCUGGAGGAGAUACUCAACGACACGCAGAUACUGACGCUGUGGCAGGACCUGUGUGAGGGGGCGCCACUGUACCACGUGACCGCCGGCGCGGCCUGUGAGCGUCUGUCGGCGCUGCUACAGCCGCGACUCGAAUACCGGGACGUCUCCAUGGCCAGUAAAGUGUCCCGGUUAGUAGUGUGCCGGUGUCUGGACCUGCCCGAGUUCGCUCCGGACCAGCAGCUUACCGUUUUCGCCCUGCGGGACUUCACGGACGGCACCACGCUCGACAGGGUCGUCGAGGACCUCUCAGAGGAAGUCCAGUUGACGGACACCCUGCAGUCUCAUAGCGCCGAGUCCAUCAGCCGGCGUCUCUCCCAGCUGGUGUACAUGCCUCCCCCUGCGGCCUGCCUGCGCGUGGUGUGCCAGCUGCUCAGCUCGGCCGGUCCGCGGGUCACGGAGACCGUCUGUGGCUGGCUGAGGGAGGUCAGCCGCACAGACUGCAUCACCGGACAGCUGAUUCCCUCACUACUGGAGCUGCUGGAGUCGGACGAGCCCGGUGAACGGGAGGGCUCUGUCCGCGCCCUGCUGCUGCUGGCCGGACCGGCGCGGCUUCUGGAGCCCCUCCAAUACCUGGUCUCGGCCGACCCGGACGGGCGGGUGUGCGCCGCCGCAGAACUGGGGCUCACCGACAUGGGAGCCGACGGACGGGCCGCACUACAACAGGCCCGGCUGGCCCGCGCCGGCCGCUCGGAGGAACCAGCGCCGUGACAGACAGAGUCCGCCCGACGGCCGCCACAUGACAGCUGGCAGCGCGCUGCUGACAGCUGGCAGCGCGCUGCUGACAGCUGACAGGGAGCUGCUGACGAGCUGCUAACAGAAGAUCGGUGUACAAGUGCAGCUGAUGAGGCAAUGUCAGAGCAGCACUGGUCGUGACUGCGCACACUUUCAAGGACUACAACGAAUAGAGCCGGCCGGUCGGUCUCGUGGGCUGCUCGUAACUUACGAUAGAGCCAAUUGAGGGCCGGCGCCGGCCGCUGCGGAGAACUAGGCAUCUCUCAGUGGUAGCGUAUUGAAGUACUCAGUAUUGGAUGGAUAGGUACAUUGGAUAGUGCAGAGACUGAAGGAAUCAGAGGACUGGUGAGGCUUUACUGCAGCUGACCCGUGAUGGAAACGAAUUGCUGCUGAGUAGGAGCCUGCUCCUGCAUAUGUGAGAGUGAUGAGCAGGUGAGCCGUGUUGUAAAGUGUUUAAAGAGUAUCCGGUGGCCCAUUUAACUCUGUCAGCGAACUUACCCACUGGUCACCAACACCAAAGUGCCUACUCCCCCUCUGAACAUUGUUGAAACCUGUUUACCUGCCUCCCCGCCGAGGUAGACCUCCACCCUCCCACCGUUUAGUGUGACCCGGUCAGGUCGGGCCCGCCGGCCGACCGGGCCGCGGGCUGUACGAGCGCUGUCACUAUGUGGCAGUGAGGCUCACCCCAACGGGUACGCUCGAGCUGAUAGCUAGCCAAAGGUAGCCUGACUAGUUGGGUAGUUAGACGGCGGUCCUGUCUGGAAACCGAGCGCUGUUGAGAGAAUGGUAGGCUGGAGUGACGUUUGUUGAUCGGCGCUCGUUCGUGGCUAGCUGACAAGAUGCUUGAUUGUUCUCCGAUGCGAUGUUUGAAAUUGCAACGACACAGGUAUUAGUGAGCGAAGUUUGCGCUGUCCCUGAGCUUAUCAGUAGGUGUUUCCGCUGACACGGAGUGGCCAGCGGUAUGUGCAGAUCUGUCCCCUUACCAUGUCGACAAUAAUACGAUACUCAAAUUUAGCGGUCUACUUAGCUGUCCUGCGGCCAGGCGGGAUGUUGGUCUCUGUCCGGCGCGAGCGGCUGUGUUCGGUUUACUCCGGGAAACGUGAGAGAACUGGCGUCACAACCGCGAUCAGAGACUGCAGUAUUUGCCGUGUGAUGUCUCCGUGCCGUCUGAGCUAUCCUUUAGUUGUUUUAUUUAGCCUGGCUCCGCCCCAUCAGUUGCUGUGUUUGUUUGGCCCGGUGUGUUUGUAUUACCGAUCUGUUUGUACCAACUGAUCUGCAGUCUUUAGAGUGAUGCAGGAUUGUGGUAAAUCGUCUCAAAUUGCGGAUCGUGAAAGGCACAAGUUGUUGACCUGAUUGUUGGGCAUGGUGCCACUGAAGAGAACUGUGUGGAUAGUAUAUUUGCAUGUUAUACAGACUAGACGCGUUACCUGCGUACGUUGAAUCUUCCCCGCCCCAGUGUUUGACCCGCAACGCAAAUAACAGUGCUGCCUUGCUCGCUGAAAUAAAUACCAUAUCUGAA